GCACUGAGUGCUUGGGAGGUGGGGUCCACCUUAGCCCCGGGCCCCACCACGUUGGUCCUCGUCCCUGAACCCCCGGCGUUAGGGUUCUCCGAUUCCCCGGGAGGGCGCAGGGGUCCGAGGGCCGGAAGCAGGGCUCGUGGGGGUUUCCGGGCGGUAGAGGAGGACGAGGAAAGGGAGAGCGAUGGAGGAAGGGGUUUUGGGGGUUUAACGAAGAAGGGCUUUGUGGUCGUCCAUGCGGCCGCCUCCUCCUCCUCCUCCUCCUGCUCCUUCUCCUUUCCUCUCGUCGUCGUCGGUAGAGAUUGUUGCAAGAAGAAACGAAGGAGGUGCUGAGGGAUUUGGGAACGGGUGCAAGGUUUUAGGGAGGUUUGGGAUUCGGGCAGGCAGGGAGGCAGGCAGGUUGAAGGUUGAAGGAUUGGAAGAAGGGAUUAGGAGAUUGGAGUGGUGCGGGUGGAAGAGGCGAAGGAAGGUGGAAGGGGAGGAGGAAUUUGGUUUUGAAGGGUUGGAGGAGGUCGGGCACGAUGGGGAAGCAUAAGACGAAGACGACGGGAAAGGGAAGGUUGGAUCGGUUUUAUUAUUUGGCCAAAGAGCAGGGAUUCAGGUCGCGAGCGGCGUUCAAGCUCGUGCAGCUCGAUCGCAAGUAUCAUUUUCUGUCCAGUGCGAAUUCGGUGCUGGAUUUGUGUGCUGCGCCUGGAGGAUGGAUGCAGGUGGCUGCGAAGCAUAUGCCCGUGGGGAGUUUGAUUGUGGGAGUGGAUUUGGUGCCCAUCAGGGCAAUUCGAGGUGCCCAUACCCUUGUGCAGGAUAUUACCACCUCGCAGUGCAGAGCUGCCAUCAAAAAGCUGCUCAAAGAGCAGGGGCACAAUGUCAUUCAGGUCGUGCUUCACGAUGGUUCGCCCAAUGUGGGAGGAGCCUGGACCAGUGAAGCAACUUCGCAGUCGGCGCUGGUUCUAGAUUCGUUGAAGCUUGCCACAGAAUUUCUGGCACCCGGAGGAACUUUUGUCAGCAAGGUCUUUCGUUCUCAGGAUUACACUGCUCUGCUCUAUGCCUUCAAGCAGCUUUUUGAGAAGGUGGAGGUUACCAAGCCAGUUGCCAGUCGUGCAACUUCUGCGGAAAUUUACGUAGUUGGUUUGAAGUAUAAGGCUCCUGCCAAAAUCGAUCCACGUCUCUUGGAUCAUCGUCACUUGUUCCAAGGAGUGGAGGAGCCGUCAAAGGUAAUUGAUGUUCUGAGGGCUUCUAAGCAAAAGCGACAUCGUGAGGGUUACGAGGAGGGAGUCACAACCUUGCGGAAGGAGGUCCCUGUUCAUGACUUUGUUUGGACCGAGAAGCCUUUGGAGCUGUUGGGAACCAUCACAUCCAUAUCGUUUACAAGCCCAGACGACAAAUCCAUCAAUGAACAUCCUCUCACCACAGAAGAGGUCAAAACGUUGUGUGAGGAUCUUCGUGUUAUUGGAAAGCAGGACUUUAAGCUUCUUUUGAAGUGGCGCUUGAAACUCCGUGAUGCCAUCAAAGUGCAAGGCGAAGAUGGAGAGAAAACCAAACCCGAGGAAGAGGAUACAGCACCGAAAGUGGAUGAAGACCAAAAGCUGCUGGCUGAGAUGGAGGAGCUCAAAGAACGUAUGGAAGCCAAUAAGAAGAGAGCGAAAAAGUUGGCUGCGAAGAAAAAAGCAAAGUUGAAAGCUCGUACCGCCACAGGCAUGCAGGUCGAUGUUAUGGAGGACAAGGAUAUGUACGGGGAUGAGGAUUUGUUUGCCUUAUCUGUCAUCAAGGCCAAGAAGGAUUUGGCUCGCGUCGAAGGUGCUGGCUCAUCAGGCGAAGACAACUCAGAUGUAUACAUGAGUGACGAUGAGGACAUGCUCAACAACGUCCCCUCCAAAGAAGAUGAUAGUGAUUUGGAUAGUGAGGAAGAGAGGUCAAGGUAUGAUGCUGAGUUAGAUAAGGCUCUAGAGCAAGCCUAUGAACGGUACGUGAAGGACACAGACGGGAGCUCUAAACGAAGGAGGCGAGCCAGGCUAAAUAAUGAUGAUCAGGACGCCGAUUUGUGGGAGGAAGGUGAGGAACCAGAAACUGUGGUUCGCAAAGGUCGGAAGGUCACAGAGGAGGAUGAGGAUGGCAAUCCUUUAUUAGUGCCCCUUGUUGAAAAGGCGAAGCCAUCCAAGGAGCAACUAUCCCAGCAGUGGUUCAGUCAAGAUAUCUUCAGUACUUUCAAGGAGCCUGAAGAUGACAAUGGCGUGAGUACGACCGAGAAGAAACGUAAGAGAGAGGAGACUAACGGGGUUGUGAAGAGUACAAAUGGGGUAGCCGAGGAAGAUGAUGAGCCCAGACUGGCAGCAGACGAUGAUAAGGAUAACGACUUUGAGGUGGUUCCAGUGGAAGCAAGUGGUUCUAGUGAUUCUUCUUCGGAUGACGACUCAGACCUCGACGACAACGCGAAAGCUGAAACUCUUGCCUACGCCAAGAAAAUGCUGACGAAGAAGAGUCGGGAAUCCAUCCUCGACGAAGCUUACAAUCGGUAUACCUUUGACGAUGACAAUUUACCUCGAUGGUUUGCCGAUGACGAGAAAAAACAUUCUGUGGUUCAGAAGCCCGUCACCAAGGAGGACAUUGAAGCAUUCAAAGCCCAAUUCAAAGCCAUCAAUGCUAGGCCCGUGAAGAAGGUAGCAGAAGCCAAAGCCAGGAAGAAGCGUAGAGUGGUGAAGAAGAUGGAGCAAGUGAGGCAGAAGGCCACAGCCAUUGCAGACCAAGAAGACAUCAACUCAACCUCAAAGAAGAAGAUGAUGGAGAGGUUGUACAACAAGGCAAAUGCCGUGGCUAAGAAGCCAAAGCGAGAAAUAGUUGUAGCCAAGAAGGGGGUGGGAUCGAAGGGUGGUGCAGGACGAGUGGUAGUUGAUAGGAGGAUGAAAAAAGAUCAGAGAGCUCGAGGAAGUGGCAAGGCUGGGAAGAAGGGAGGUUCUAAGGCACCUGCAGGAAAGGGCAAGGGGGGUAAAGGGGGAGCCAAAGGAGGGAUUUCUGGUGGCAAGAAAUCGAAGAGAGGCCCGAAGCCUCAGAAGGGUUAAACAAUGUACUCGGUCGAUAUUUUAAAUUGAAAUUCAUUCAUAGGAACAAAUCAAUCACUUUUUAUCUGG